AUGAAGGCCCUGUUUUUCCAAACUAAGUCAAAAAAUAAAUCGCAGUCUAGCGAGCUUCCAAAUCGUGGAGCUGGCAAGGCUCCGGCAUUGGUCCAGAAACCUGCUGCUUCGGAUGUCGUGAACACGCAGCUCAUGCAGGCCAUUCGCCACGAUCUGGACCAAGUAGCCCUUGAUCUUCCCGUUUUUGGGGCUAUGGUUCAGGGUUUGGCCUGCACUCCGCCAGAUGAUGCCACGCUGAGGCAGUUGCAUGAAACUAAGGAUCGCCUUGGCGGACUUGAACGAAGACUGGAAGCCUUCGUCAGAACUCUAAGCGGAGCUAUGGAUCCUAAGUUAGGAAACAUUAAGGACAAGGAGGCUACGCUUGCUGAGUUGAUUCGAGUGAAGGAGGAAAUUCAGGAUAACAUCCAACAGUUACAAUCAUUCGAAAAAAUGCGCCGUGUCGAAGAGGAGAAGCUCAUGCAAGCCAUUCGUCAGAACCUGGAUCUGGUAGCCCUUGAUCUUCCCGCGUUUGAGGCUAUGGUUGGGGGUUUGGCCUGCACUCCGCCGGAUGAUAUCACGCUGAGGCAGUUGCAUGUAAGUAGCAGCUCAUGCGGCGGGUGA